GAUGAUGAUGUUAAUCAAUGAUCAGUGAGUGUCUUAAUUGUUACUGUUAACAUCAUAAUCAGCAAAGUUUGAAUCCAAAAAGUUGGAAAAACAAAAGUCAAAUCAUGUUGGUACAAUUAAUUUUUUUCUCGUUAAUUUUAAUUGUUUCAUCAAGUGUAUUACGUUAUAGUGACUCUUCAAUAAAUGAGAAUAACAAUUUAGUUAAUGAUAAUGGUGAAGAAAAUGAGGAUUUAAUCAUUAAACGUUACCAAUUAGCGAAGGAUCAAAAACAUGGUUUCAUUUAUGAUCCAGAUUUUUACACAACCGAAAUUAAAAGAGAUACAAUUUAUCCGUUGACUCGAGUUGAUUUUGAACGGGGGUCAUUUUUAUCGGAAGACGAUAUAAUCGGCAACGAUAGUGUUUUAUAUUCAUCUGAUUACUAUGAAGGCGACAUUGUUGAAGAUCUGCGAGAGAGAAACGCAGUUCUCGAGGCGAGUAACACUUGGCCUAAUGGACGAAUACCUUAUGUAUUAUCGAGAAAAUUUAGCGAAAGAGAUCGGGCCGUUAUCGCUCGAGCGAUGGCCACUUAUCAUAAUAGUACUUGCGUUAAAUUUGAAGCUCGAACCAACGACGAUUCAGAUUAUAUUUACAUCUACCCUGGACUUGGUUGCGCUUCGCUUGUCGGCAAAGUGGGUCGAAUGCAGCCCGUCCUGUUGGGCCGAGGUUGCGUCUACUCGGGAAUCGUUGAACACGAGCUAAUGCACGCAACGGGAUUCUGGCAUGAGCAAAGUCGAGCCGAUCGAGAUUCUUUCGUUAAAAUUAACUGGGACAAUAUUGAAAGAGGGAUGGAAUAUAAUUUUGCCAAAUUAAGUCUUCGAGAAAUAACUCACCUCGGUGAACCUUACGAUUACAACAGUGUAAUGCACUAUGGAAGCCACGCUUUCGCUAAGGGAUUUGGGGCCACAAUCAGCCCGCUCAAGGACGGGGUCAGUAUUGGUCAACGGCGAGGGUUAAGUGAGACUGACAUUAAAAAAAUCAACAAACUCUACAAAUGUAAUGAUGAGAAACGAGUGUCAAAAAAAUCAAAAAGAAAAGGUUAACAAUUUACUUAAUCAACUCGAUUACAAUUAAUUUUCUCCUCAUCAAUUGGUCUCAACUAAUUAAGAUAGUUAAUUGUUGAAAGUUUACCUUUGAUUAUUGAUGAAAACUUUUUUACUUUCAAUUAUGUAUUCAUAAUAAUUUUGAUACAAUUAAAAGUUUUUUUUUAUCAUAAACUCACAAUUAAAAUCGUUGAUUGUUUCAGUUUUUUUUUCUGAUCAAUUAUAUCCAACAAUUUAAAUUGGUAACCUCAAUUAUUACAAUAAUCAAACGGGAUUCCCUUACCAUUAAUUCAAGGGCAAU